CAAACCCGCCUGUGCCGCAGCAGACAAACACGUCGGCAUAUACAGCAGAGCGGUUGGAAAUAUAAGCGGGCACUAAAUUCUUGCGACAAUGGAGACCAAUGGGAAGAGAAAGCAUGAUGCUUCUGGAGCCCAGGGCUCCAGCUUAAAGAGAAGCAAGGGAGGCAACCAGGGGAAGUGGAUGACACCCAGUCAUAAGGCAAAGCUCGCAGCCAUCAAAGGUCGGACCCUUGAGGUCGGAGACAUGGGGUUCUGGGUGACCUGUCAGAGAAUGAAGGAGAUGAAGGCAGCAGACGAGAUACUUUCUAUCUGUGAAGAGUACGGCCAGAGGUUGUUCGGCAUAGCAUCCGAUGCCGCCGAUGAUGCUGCGGAGGAUGAUGAGCCCGAAGACAUCGAGGUGGCCAUCGAGAAAGAGAUCGCGACCAUGGAAUCAGCGAAUAAGACGAAGAAUUCUGUGUUUGACCUUAUAAGGAUGAAUGUCGACUGUGUUCUCUUCAUGCGUACGCGUGCGCCCGUCGACCCGCUAAAGUUGGUCCGAGAGAUCUGCAAGGACGCUGCCGUUGCAAACGAUAGGAAGCUGCUGCGGUCGCGAUUUAUUAACAAGCUAACCCCCAUUACACUCACUGGAAAGGCUACUGAGAAGGGGUUGGAGGACGUCGCUAAGAAGAUUCUAUCUGAUCACUUUCGUAUGGCCGAUGAUGAAACGGACACUGAAAACGACGGCGAAAAUGAAGCCUACUCGUAUGCCAUUCGCCCAACAUUGCGCGCACAUUCAUCGCUGAAGCGUACCGAGGUAAUCGAUAAGGUCGCCAACAUGAUCUCGAAACGACAUAAAGUAGACCUCAAGAACCCGGACAAGGUUAUUAUAAUAGAGAUCUUCCAGACUUUUUGUGGUAUGAGUGUUGUCGGUAAGGACUGGGAAGCCAUGAAGAGAUACAAUAUACAUGAACUAUACUCAGCAGCCCUCAAGUCAGCAGCUGAUCCUGGAGAGUCGGAGGAAGCAAAAGAAGGAGAAGGGGAUGGCCAAGCUUAGCCUAUAGCCUGGACCACGAUUAAGCACGGGACAUGUUGGGGAUUGCUUUACAUCAAUUUGAAAACACACUUGACUGCUAAAUUUCGGCGCUAUGUCAGUUGUUACCUCGCAGGGCUGCGUUUCUGGCUCUCGGGAAACAACACACACGAAGACCAGGCAUAUCCUAGCCGUAACAAUAGACACCCUUCGUGGUGGCGCCAGAUUAUCUGCUUAGAUUCAAGGGCCUGCCAUUAUGAAAGUUGCCAAUCCCCUUGUCAUAGUAAGAACCCUAUCUAGAAGUCAGAUCCGUAGCAGUCAAAAUAUCAAUGAAACUAGACAUGUUACAA